AUGGCACCCAACGGCACAACCAACGGACAUGUUCCCAACGGAACAGGCGCGGGAGCUCCCCUGGAUAUCCUAGCCCUGGGGAUGAACAGCGGCACAUCCAUGGACGGCGUAGACAUGGUCCUCUGCCAUUUCCGCCAAGAGACCCCCGAGAGCCCCAUGCACUUCUCGCUGCUCAAGUACGGCGAAGUCCCCAUGGACCUCAAGCUCAAGAAGCGCGUCCUCAACAUCAUCUACCACGACAAGACGUCCGCCUCGGAGCUCUCCGAAGUCAACGUCCUCCUCGGCGAGAUCUUCGCCGACGCCGCCAUCAAAUUCUGCGCGCAGCACAACGUCGACAUCAAGACCGUCGACGGCACCAUCAUCGCCGCCCGCACCGGCGUCACCACCGUGACCGACUUCCGCGUCUCGGACCAGUCCGCCGGUCGCCAGGGCGCGCCCCUCAUCGCCUUCUUCGACGCCCUGCUCCUCCACCACCCGGGUAAGCUGCGCGCCUGCCAAAAUAUCGGCGGCAUCGCCAACGUGUGCUUCAUCCCUCCCGAGGGCCCCGAGCACGCCUACGACUUCGACACCGGUCCCGGCAACUGCCUGAUCGACGCCGUCGUCCGCCACUACACCCACGGCGAGCAAGAGUACGACAAGGACGGCGUCAUGGGCAAGCGCGGCACCGUGAACCAGGCUCUCGUGGACAAGUUCAUCGCCGACGUCCCCUACUUCUCGUGGGACCCUCCCAAGACCACGGGCCGCGAGGUGUUCCGCGACACCCUGGCCGACAAGCUCAUCGCCGACGCCGAGGCCCUGGGCAUGUCGGCUGACGACGUCGUCGCCACCGUCACCCGCAUCACCGCCCAGGCCAUCGUCGACCACUGGAGGCGCUACGGCCCCAAGGGCCAAAAAGUCGAAGAGGUCUUCAUGUGCGGCGGCGGCGCCUUCAACCCCAACAUCACAGACUACAUGCGCGCGAACCUCGACGGCGUCAAGGUCCGCAUGCUCGACGAGGCCGGCAUCCCCGGCGGCGCCAAGGAGGCCGUCACCUUUGCCUGGCAGGGCAUGGAGGCCAUUGUCGGCCGCAGCAUCCCCGUCCCGGACAGGGUCGAGACGCGCCGGCCCUUUGUCCUCGGCAAGGUCAACCCCGGCGACAACUACCGCACCGUCCUUAGCAAGGGCAUGGCGUUUGGCGCGGGGAGGCCGCACCUCGACUGGGUCAGCAAGAUGGUGAACUACGUGGACGGAAAGGUCUUUGAUGCUACGUUGGUAUGA